UUAUCCUCUAGAAGGAAGUAGAGAAACAGGUGAUAAUAAAAAGAAGAGAAGCAAAUUAGGUCAUGAUCAUCCAACUGGCCAUAGAAGGGCUCAACAGGUUUUGCACCAGUUACAGAUACAAAAUAUUGGUCCACACCACAAUGAGGAUGUUCUUUCCUCAUCACCAGACAACUCUCAGACAUCCUCUGAGCAGUCAUCCGAAAUGCAUACCAGGGAAAGCAAAGUAUCGAAAUCUAAUGUUGUUGUCGGAAGCAACAAACAUAAUCUUCCUCUCCGAGCAACCGACCUUCUUAUGUCAUUCUCAAUACGCACCGAGGAAAACAAAGGCAAAAUCGCGGAGCUUGCCUCGAAGGCGAUGGAUGAGCUUCGGAAAAUGGCCACAACGGGAGGGCCUCUAUGGACGCUUGACCAAGAUAAAAACAUGGAGACACUGAAUGACAUUGAGUAUUUUAAGGAAUUUGUGAAUAUGAAUGCUACACUUAUGGAUUUAAUGAGGAUGGUUGAGGUGGGGCAAUUUAAACCCUUGCCAAGAUACCCAAAAUCCGACAAGGAAUUUUUCUCCUCUACUGAGGAUUUUGAUGAAGAGUUCUUACAUUUGGAUCUUAGAGUAUAUGAUAAACCACCUAGUCAAGAACAGCUUUAUUCUAAAGGCUCAAGAGAAAUUGGCUAUGUUGAAAUGAAGCCAGCCAAACUUGUUGAACUGCUUAUGGAUUCGAAACAGUGGUCUCUAUUGUUUUCAAAUAUUGUCUCUAGAGCUGUCGUACUGGGAGUUUUGAUGUCUACAGGCAUGUUGGAACAAAACUAUGACGGAACUCUGCAAGUGAUGGCCGCAGAAUUUUAUGCACCUAGUCCACUUAUUCCAAUUCGAGAAACCUAUUUUUCAAGGCACUGCAAACGACUCGGCCAUGGGAUGUGGGGAGUUGUUGAUGUGUCUUUGGAAUCUUUGUUUCAGUUUCCAUCUGCUAAGACAUUUCGAAGACGACCUUCUGGCUGUUUGAUCGAAGAAAUGCCAAAUGGAUACUCUAAGGUCAUAUGGAUUGAGCAUGUGGAAGUUGAUGAUAGGCGAGUUCACAAAAUGUUUGAGCCAAUAGUGACUUCUGGUCUUGCUUUUAGUGCAAAGCGUUGGGUCGCCACUUUAGCUCGACAAUGUGCCCUAAUUAGGGCUCAUACAAGCCCUUCUAUUGCUGAUGGAGUGUUAAUUAUACCGGAAGCUGGGAUGAGAAGCCUGUUAAAGCUGUCCGAGAGAAUGGUGAGAAGGUUUUGUAGUGAAUUAAGUGCCUCUGCAACAAACAAAUGGAGAGCACUGCCUAGAUCAAGAGCUAAUAAUAGAGAUACAACCUUGAUGAUGAACAGCACCUUCAACAAGGAUGAUCAUGGAAAACCUUUGGUUGCAACUGUUGUCUUUGCUACUUCCGUAGAGCUUCCAGCUACACCGAAGAAAGUGUUCGAUUUUCUUAGUGAUGAGGAAUCUCGAACCCGGUGGGAUAUUCUUUCACAAGGCCAUUCCAUCAAAGAACUUGCACGCAUCAGUACCGGCGAAGACCCAGGAAAUCACCUUUCCUUAAUUCAAGUGAAUUCAACACUAGAUAAGAUUGCGAUUUUGUACCUACAACAGAGUUGCACAGACGCAACCGGCUCAUAUGUGGUGUUUGCACCACUGGACAUUCUGUCGGUGUCAAGGGUCUUAAACGGCGGAAAUCCAGACUUCGUGAGAAUCUUGUCCUCGGGCUUCGUGAUCCUUCCUGAUGUCUCCAAGAUGUUUGGAGGAGUUGCUCAUGGUUGUCUUCUGACUCUGGCACUCCACAUUGUUGACGAUAGAACCUCUAAAGAACGCAUUACUAAAUCAGUAGAUAUCAUGUACAACAUAAUCACAGAAGCUGUUGCCUCAAUCAAGGAUGCGGUGAUUUCAAGUUAUUAG